UAAUAGCACAGGUGAGAUAAUUCAAGGUAGUAAUGUGUGAUAAUAACCGUGUGUCCUCAUCGUGGCAGACGGGGGCCUUCAUUGUCGGCCUUAUCUCCUGUGAAUUUCCCUGCGGCCGGUUAUUGACAAAGGCAGCGAGAUACACACUCACACUUCAUUAUGGAGCAGAGACGUGACAUCAGCAGCUUGCUGGGUUACCAGGAUACCUGGAGAGAGGCCCCCGGCCAUCCAAUUAGGCACCAGAAGAGAAAACAGCCUCUAGAUCAGCUCCCAGAUAAUUGUUUUUCAGUCAGUCCGCUGACACACCGAGAAACAGCCGGACUACUGCAACGCACACACACAGACACACGGAAGCGGAGGAACAUGGAAGCCGAGGAAGAAGAGUGGAACAAAGAGCUGAGUGCACACAAACUGCUGGAUAAAAAGGUGCUCUGCAAGCAGAAUGGAGGGAUCGGUAUAGUGAGAACUCUUCACAGCCUGUUGAAAACCCAGAACACACUGCAGAUUCAGUCCAUCGCCCGCUCAGAAUGUGCUGGCUCCUGUCCAAAUCUGAUGAUGAGUAGGAGCGAGCACGCCGAUGCGAGGCCCGUCCCCGUGGCCCUCACCCCCCAACUGCCUCCCAGAGCUCACCGGCCCCUCUGCAUGUCGAUCUCCUCCGACAGCAGCGGACGCUUCAAGGCUCUGGAGACGCAGGAGUGGAAGAACAACCUCAAAGCUCAGAUGGAGCAGGCCCACAGUGCGGGAGCGGCCAGCAGCACGGGAUCUCUGGAGCGAGCGUCUCUGUUCUGCGCGUCGGCUUCCACCGCGUCCGGCUCCGGCCUGUCCAGCCCGGUGGAGAUCCUCAACAAGAGCCGGUCCUCCAGCCGCUUCUCUCUCUUCUCCCCCCCCUGGAACAGCAGCUCGGAGUCCGAAUCCAACCCUCCGUCCCGCUCGGGCUCCAAGAAGCUGCGCAACUACAGCAGAAGAGCCGCCACGGGGCCGGCCGGCGCCAGGGGGCCCGACACGCCCGAGCCCAGACCAGGCGGCCCCGAACACUUCCAGUACUCGGAGCCCGUCAUCUCCAAAGUGACGGACUACAUCUACGUCGGCAACCUGAACGCGGCGUACAACGGGCGCACCCUGUGCCGCAACAACAUCGACAGCAUCAUCGACAUGAGCAGCGUGCCGGGGGAGCCGGGCCCCAGCCUCAACCUCAUACCGUGCACCUGCUCGCGCGGCGCGCGCCACAGCUGGUCCCGCCUCAAAGUGGACAUCGGAGACGUGCCGGACGCGCUCGGCGACGGGCCGGCCCUGAAGCAGCGCUGCUUCGAGGACAUCAACGAGUGCAUCGACGCCUCGACCGAGAAGAGGAAGCGCGUGCUGGUCCACUGCCGGGACGGCUUCUCUCUGGCGCCGACGUGCAUCAUCCAGUACCUGAUGGUGAAGCAGAACAUGAGGCUGAUCGCCGCCUACGAGACCCUGAGGGCCAAGUACCCGGUCAACAUCAGGGACUGCCACCAAAACGCGCUGGUGAGCCUGGAGAGAGCGCUGCGGCCCGGAGGCAACGUUGACCCCGAGUGCUUCAAACAGGCCAUCUCGCGCAAAGUGGCGUGGACCUGACUCGGGUUUCCCAACGUGCUCGGCUGCUGCUGCUUAAGACUCUCUUUCAUAGAGAGGCGAAGUCCCUCCCCCUUGCAGUGGACCCCCACGGGACCUUAAUUCAGAAAAAAAUACAGU